GUUGCAGGUUACCCAAAAACCUGUUGCCAAAAAAGAUCGACUGAACUGCGAAACAGUCAAUGGCCUGAGAAUCUCUUCCUAAUUCUUCCAUCCUGCUAAACUAAAAUCAACUUGAUUAAACCAGGCAGGGCAACAAUUGGAACAGGAAGACAGGACGAAUAUAUCCAAUUCAACCGAUUUCUGGGUGUUCGGAGCUCUCGUCCUACUUCGUCUGCGGCCCUCUCGUCGUUUUAUCGUCGUCCUAAUGUGGGUGGAUGACCUGGCAUCGAUGCUCGAUAACGCUGACCAACAACACGGAUGACGGAUCCAGCUAAACCCACAAAGUUUUCCUUGUUGCCAAUCCGGACGAAUGACCUGAUAUUGUACUUCAAAAUAGAAAACAAGCUGGUGCAAUCUAUCUUUUAGGAGCUGGUUUAUUGUCUACAAGCAACAAUCUUCAGUAAUUUCAGGAUGUCGGAAACUCAUGACCUCGAUCCAACAGCAUUGGAAAAUAUGCGAAGAAUGGCCUACGAUCGCAGUAAAUGGCUUCAGACAUGUACAUACGAAAUUGCAAAAUAUGAAUACACCAAGGAAGAGCUGAAUCAGUUUUAUGAUGAGCUUAAAGAUGUUAUUGGACGAGUUAAAACCAACUAUGUUUGUCAAUUAUGCAAUCAGUUUCCAAAGAAGAGUUACAUUCUUCCAUGCGGCCAUGUUUUCUGUGCAAAGUGUGCUACGAAAAGCUGGAAUAAAGGGAAGCAAUCAACUUGUCCAAACUGUAAAGUGUCGCAUGAGAUGACAGCUAUGCCUUUUUACGCUAUGGACGCUAUUGUUAGCGAUAUGAACUCCUUUAUCAAAGAAGCCAAAUAUUUUCAAACUCCAACUGCUCUAGAUGCUUCAAAGCCUGACGAAUCAGUCAAGAGGAUAAAGAGCAUGAACUUCGUUUUACUCCAACGCCUUAAAAAUAUAGAAUCGAAUCUUAUGUGCGACUACUGUUUUAAUAAAAUAAGAAAGACAUAUCUGAUUCACUGUUCUUCCAAUGCCUUCACAUUUAGGCCAUUUUGUCAUGGCUGUGAUACAAGGUAUAUAAAAUUUUACGAAACCGAGCAAGGACGAACAUUGGGAGUUCCGUUCCCUUUUGACAUGUUCGACACCGUGGUGACCGAUUUUUACGAGGUAGUGGACAAAGUAGUGGAAUUUAGUAAAGGAAGCAAGGUUCCGACCAGAUUUCUGUCUUCCAAUGGCCGGAUCAGUUUUGUACCAAUCUACAAAAUGCUCCUUGGGUUAGCCAUAGUUGGAAUUAUUAUGCUAUACUAUUCAUCGUAGUUUUUAACAAUACCAAAGAAAGAAGACCAUCAUCACCUCGACGAAGUUGGCCGCUGAUGGUGAUCUACAGCCUUUAAUAGCUUAUAUAGAGGUCCGUUGCGAGCCUACAUUUAUGUAACAAUAGUAUAUAUACCUAGUUCAUAUUUAUUGUUCCUCAAAUACGUAUCGUAAGCAUCGUGCAAAUAUCACGCUAAGCCUUUGAAACAGUUUUACUAUUAUUACCGGACAUCGCAAGAUGCAAAGGGAAAUUUGAUUAUAAAUUGUCGUAUUAAAAAAAGUAUUAUUCGUCAGAAUAAACCAGAUUUUAAUUAGCAUCCUGCCAAUGUCAAGUAAAAUGUUUUAACAUCAAGUAUUGUAAUGACAUCGUUUUAGUAUUUUAUGUUCUAUUCAAGAAUUUGAGAACAAUAAACAAUUUCCUAAGCGAA